AUAGGAGUUAAAAAUGGCGGCGGAUACCUGCCGCCUCGUCCUAGUUGGAUGCAUCUAAGCGGAGACUUCGCCGAAACAUGAGAGAAAUAUUUAUUACCAGGUGACAACGACCGCGUGGCCAAUUUUCUAAGAUGAUUGGCCGACGCUGCGCUCUCAUCGCAUUGAGCGGACUUUUGAUUCUCGUUCUUAGCGUCAACGUAUAUUUUAUUCGAAUGAUCGUGGAGAGUUCGUCGCAGAAAACUUCCUCUAAAGGCAUGCCCGUCUCGCAAUUGAAACCAGAACAGGAACAGUUAGUAAUCCAAGCGGAGCAGAACUUGCUAGUUUCGCAAAAAUCAGUUGCAAAAGAUAUGGUAAAGAAAAUCAAAGAAGAGAUACAAAUAUUGCCAUCGCGAUAUUUCAAACAAAACACUAGCUACACGAUAGUACUCGAACGCUUAUUAGCCGAAUUAAGAAUAAUGCCUAACGUUCAAAAAAAUAUAUGGAGUAUUCCUAACAACAACUGGCCUGAUGCUCACCAAUUAAUACCACCGGUUGCGCCUGAAUUAGGAACGAUUCUAGACAUCUUGCGCAAAUCGAAAGUAAUGCGCGCGGAUAACGCACCAUUUGGUACGCAACUGAAAUUGAUGUUAACUUUGGAACACGGAACGAAAGCAAUGUUUAAGCCGCAGUGGUAUUCUAGAGAUGCAAUUAUCCGAGGGCCUGUAUAUCAUGGAAAAGAUCGGCAUAACGCCGAAGUAGUAGCAUUCCAUUUAUCUUCCUUACUGGCCUUGAGAAGAGUACCGCUUACCGUUAUAAGGAAAUUCGAUUUAAGGAACGAAGUACGACCAUGCGCGACUCCCGAACUUUACUCCACUAUGUAUCAAGACGGUAAUGAUACUUGUUUGUACGGCGUUUGUCAUUAUUGUUCUCCUGCGGAUCCAGUGUGCGGGGACGGGAACAUCUUGGAAGGUGCUCUAAUUUCCUGGUUACCGCGAUACUUAAGACUUGUCAAGCAUCGUCAUCCGUGGCAGAGGACUUACAAGAAGAACAAACUUGCCGGUUGGGAGACAGACGAAAAUUAUUGUGAGAAAGUAAAAGAUUCUAAAGCGUAUUCUCCGCAAUCGUCGAGUAGACUCUUAGAUCUAGUGGACACAGCGAUUUUCGACUUUUUAAUGGACAACGGUGACCGUCAUCAUUACGAAUUAGCGCAAAAUAAUUUUCACAAUCCAGCUGUUCUUUUAAUCGAUAAUGGGAAAAGUCUCGGAAACCCGGAUGUUGAUCAUUUUGACAUCCUAGCUCCUUUAUAUCAAUGUUGCAUGAUUCAUAAAUCUACAUGGGAUCGUUUAAAGUUGUUUAGUGGCGGCUCUUUGAGCAUAGUUCUCGCGAGGCUCGUCGCUCACGAAUCGUUAAUGGCUGACGUUCAACCCCUCAUUACAGAAGCACAUUUAAACGCCAUGGAUAGGAGAUUGCUCACUAUUUACGCAGUCAUAGAAUAUUGUAUAAAGAGUAAAAAGUAUGCUUCCAAUGUUAUUUUAGAUCAUCGGUAGCCUACAGUUUAUGGAACAAUUUUAAUCUCUGGGAAUCAAUCAUAUUUUAAAUCGAAUAAUUGACAUACUUUCUUACGGCGCAUCCUUUCGAUGAAUUUCAUCAAAUAAGAAUCAAGCCUAAUUUUACUCACAUUACUCAGUGCUUAUUACGUAAUAUUUAUAAACGAAUGAAAUAUGUAUACCUCUGAUUUAAAUAAAAUUUAUAAAUAAACGAGGA